AUGAGCUUCAAGAUCAUCCUCCAUCGAAGGGUUCUGCUUCCAAGACUUCGCAAGCUUUCUGUAAAGUUCAAGCUUCCAAAUAACACCACCAUGGAAUCUGGUGGAGAAGGAGAAGGAGGAGGAGGAGAAGGCAGCGGCAGCUCUGGCAAACGUGAAAAACAUGUCUGUGAGUUUUGUGGCAAGAAGUUUUCUUCUGGGCAGGCAUUGGGUGGGCAUAAAAAGCAUCAUCUCAGGAUCAUGAGGAAUAAUAGUAAAAGAACCCAAGAAGAAGAAGAAUCUAAUAUAAAGAUCAAGAAAGAAGAACAUGGCGGCUCCAAGCGGUGUAGUACCAGCAAAGCAGGUGAUGUGGAGAUUGAUAGUGAUGGAAAACCAAUUUGUUAUUCUGUUCAAGGCUCUCCAAGGAAUCAAAUCAAUUCAGCUGCGGAAAUUGAGGCAGCUGAUGCUCUGUUGAUGUUAUCUCUCGCACCAAGACAUGGACCCAAGACUAGUGGGUAUGCAACUACAUCGUCGGAAAAGGCCAUAAGGACCGAAAUUGAGUCCGGGUCUAUUUCUGAUCACAAUUCUAAAGAAGAUGAAGACAUUAUAAAAGAAACUACUGCGAAGAAGGGAAAGGAAAUGAACUAUAUAAGCAACUUGACAAAUUCAGAAAUUGAGGCAGCUCGUAAUCUGUUGUUGUUAUCUCGCGCAGGAACAUAUGGACACGGACAUGGACAUGAACCUGAGACUAGUGGGUAUGCAACUACAUCGUCGGGAAAGUCCAUAAGGACUGAAAUUGGAUCCGGGUCUGGUUCUGGGAUUGGGCCUGAUCACGGGUCUAAAGAAGAUGAAGACAUUACAAAAGAAACUUGUGGAUUGAUUACUACGAAGAAGGGAAAGAAAAUGAACUAUAUAAGCAAGUUAAGAAAUGCAGAAAGAAAGCCUUGUGAAUCCAAAUGUAGCAACUGUGGUAAAUCUUUCCGAAGUAGAUCACCAUGUCGUUGCAAGAAUAACAGCAAAGUCCAGGUGGCAGAAUCUGCAUUGCCAGAUGAUGAUGCCAUUACUGCCAAAGAAAUUCCUGCCUCGAAACCUGAUAAAGAAGCAGGAAAGACUGGAGACAAUGACUCAUACCACCCUGUAGCAUCAACGGAAACUUCCUUUCGAUGUGAUAUUUGUAACAAAACAUUCUCUACAGCUCAGGGACUCGGUUGCCACAAAAGAAUCCAUCGGAAAGCACCAGCUAGACCUCUAUUAAAUGAAGCAGCUUUAGCACAAGCAAGUAAUAAGGUUGGCUCUAAAACAGCUUCAUCGGGAGAAGCAGAAGCUAAUCAGGCAGGUCAUGGGAUAUUCGACAUUGAUCUAAACAAGCGUUACUUGAUGCAGGAAGGAGAAGAAGAUAACACUGCUCUAAACAAGCGUUACUUGAGGCAGGAAGGAGAAGAAGAUAACAUUGAUCUAAACAAGCCUUACUUGAUGAAGGAAGGAGAAGAAGAUUGGUGAAAAGAUAUAGAUGGGUUAAAAGCUUAUGGAGGCAAGAAUGGAUACAUCUGAAAAUCAAGAAUUACAUAUUACUUCAUGUCUUUUCCCAUUCAGCUUAAUUGGUUCAUAAACCAAGUCAUUUUAAUCUGCUUAAUUUUUCUGCAUUCAGCUAUGGGCUAUUUGAUUGAUGUUAUAGGCCCCUAGAAAAGUUUUUUUCAGAUUUAUGUUCUUUGUAGAAUUUAAAAUUUUAUUAGAUAGGAAUUAAUUAAUAUUGAGUGGCUUUCGGAAA